GUUGUAGAGAGAGAAGUCAGAGAUGUUCAUCAGAUGGCGAUUGUUGUAGAGGUCUGGUCUGUAGUAACGUAACAGAAACUUGUGAACCACCAAUUACUAUUGAUUGCUCGGAUGCUAUUGAUAUUGUAUUUGCCGUGGAUACAUCCUGCUCCAUAUCCAGUCUUGACAAAGAUAGGAUUCGAACUUUCAUGACAGAAAUAGCUCGAGCCUUCUUCUUAAGUCCCAGCAUUGAGGAUGAUGGCGUACAAAUGGGUGCACUAACUUUUAAUAAAGGAACCCAACAUGUUGCAUAUCUGUCAGACGUAGAAGACCCUGGUAAACUUAUUCAGAGUAUAGCGACAAUGAAUCUUACUGAAGUAGGCUGUUCGACGCAUACAUAUGCAGCUUUAGAAAGAAUGGAGAAUUUGUAUUUUACUUCAGGGAGAGGGGAUCGUCCUGACGCUCCCAAUCAGGUUAUUCUGUUGUCAGAUGGAGUAACUAAACCCGAUGGCAAAGUACAAGACACAUAUGAUAACGCGGAUUCCCUAAGAGCCACUGGCGCGGUUAUCCUGGUGGUUGGUCUGCCUCAGGGCUGUAAGCCAAAUAAACCUAACUGUGUACCACAAGUUAUUGGACAAGAAGAAUGGAUGCGUAUUUCUGGAGCUAGUGACAAUCCAGACCUCAUGAUUAACAUAUUAAGCGCAGACUUUACAAGACUCAGAGACACCGUUAUGCAAAUUGGUGAGAAGGUCUGUGGUAAAGGAAGUGUAAGAGUCUUAGGAGCCAAUUAAAUAGAACAAACCAUUU